AUGGGUCAGUCACUAACUACCCCUUUAAGCUUAACUCUGGAAUAUUGGAAGGAGGUCGUGGAAUGGGCCCACAACUUAUCAGUGGAGGUCCGAAAGAAGAAGUGGCAGAGUCUCUGUUCCUCUGAGUGGCCCUCUUUUGAAAAAGGAUGGCCAAGGGAUGGGACUUUUGACCUUGCUACUAUCUUACAGGUUAAGGAAUACAUUUUCUACCCAGGACCACAUGGACACCCGGAUCAGGUAGACUGUAUAGUCACCUGGGAAGACUUGGCCCGGAACCCCACACCUUGGGCACGGCCAUUCCUACCUCCUCAGGGAACCAGAGAGACUGAUCAAGGGCCCCUUACCCCUUCAUACUGGCCUUUUUCAGCCUCUGACUUGUAUAAUUGGAAGACCCAUAACCCCUCUUUUUCUCAGGACCCUCAGGCUCUAACUGCUUUAAUAGAGUCUAUCCUCCUCACCCACCAACCCACCUGGGAGGAUUGUCAACAACUCCUCUAGGCGCUCUUAACCACAGAAGAGAGACAGCGAGUCAUCCUAGAAGCUCGGAAAAACAUCCCAGAGGAUGGGAGACCUACUCAGCUCCCAAAUGGAAUAGACGAAGGAUUUCCUCUGACCAGACCCAACUGGAACCACGAGACCCUGGCCGGUAGGGAGCAUCUCCAUCUUUAUCACCAGACUCUAAUAGUGGGUCUCAAAGGGGCCGGAAGGCACCCAACCAAUUUGGCAAAGGUACGUGCUAUAACCCAAGGAGAAAAUAAAACCCCCGCAGGGUUUCUAAGAUGCUUGAUAGAGGGAUAUCGGAUGUACACCCCUUUUGACCCCAUAGCCCAGGAGCAUCAGGCAGAUCUUAUUAUGGCCUUUAUAGGACAAUCAGCUCCUGACAUUUGUGGUAAGCUCCAAUGGCUGGAAGGCCUGGGGUACUCCUUACAGGAUUUAGUAAGAGAAGCUGAGAGAAUCUAUAAUAGGCAAGAGACAUUAGAAGAAAGAGAGGACAGAAUCAGAAAAGAAAAGGAAGCUAGAGAGGAUAAGAGAGAGAAAAAGAGAAAUAAAGAGUUAAGUCGAAUUUUGGCCACAGUAGUCCAGGGAGCAGGACCAGGUAGGGACCUGAGAGACAAAAGAAGGCCCUGAGUGGAUAAAGACCAGUGUGCCUAUUGCAAGGAGAGAGGACAUUGGGCUCAAGAAUGUCCCAAGAAGCUGAACAGACUUCAAAAGAAGACAACCCCAGUCCUGGCUCUAGGGGACUAGGGGAGUCGGGGUCAGGAGCUCCCCCCUGAGCCCAGGGUAACUUUAAAGGUAGGGGGGCAAUUGACUACCUUCAUAGUAGACACAGGAGCCCAACAUUCGGUCUUGACCUCAACCGAAGGGCCCAUGAGUUCCAAAACAGCCUGGGUCCAGGGGGCCACUGGAGGAAAAACAUACAGAUGGACCACAAAAAGAAAAGUGGACCUCAGCACGGGACAAGUCUCCCACUCGUUCUUGCUGGUCCCCGACUGCCCAUAUCCCCUUCUUGGGAGAGAUUUACUCUCUAAGCUGGGAGCCCACAUCCACGUCACUAGAAAAGGAGCCAUCUUUAAAGGAAAAGAUGGAGCUCCACUACACGCGUUAACCCUGCGACUGGAAGAUGAACAUCGGUUAUAUGAAGGACCGAUAGCAGGGACUCCUGGUAUAUCUGAUUGGCUAAUUAAAUUCCCCUCGGCAUGGGCUGAGACAGGAGGCCCGGGGCUGGCAUCCAAUCAUCCUCCAAUAAUGGUCACUCUGAAACCAUCUGCGACCCCGGUUUCAAUCAAACAAUACCCCAUGAGCAGAGAGGCCCGAGAAGGAAUCAGACCCCACAUUCAAAGACUUUUACAAAUAGGCAUACUCUACCCCUGUCAGUCCCCUUGGAACACCCCACUGCUGCUCCCCGUAAAAAAGCCAGGGACAGAUGAUUAUCGACCAGUUCAAGACUUAAGAAAAGUCAAUCGGAGGAUAGAAGAUAUCCAUCCCACUGUUCCUAAUCCCUAUAAUCUCCUGAGUUCCUUGCCUCCUAGUCACAGGUGGUAUACUGUACUUGACCUGAAGGAUGCAUUCUUCUGCCUAAGACUGAGUCCGGUUAGCCAACCCAUUUUCGCUUUUGAAUGGAAGGACCCUGAAGCUGGAAUAUCGGGGCAACUGACCUGGACGUGACUUCCCCAAGGAUUCAAGAACUCCCCUACCCUGUUUGAUGAAGCUCUACAUCAUGAUUUGGCUGACUUUCGGGUAAGAAACCCACAGAUUAUGCUUCUUCAAUAUGUGGAUGACCUCCUCUUAGCGGCUGAGACAGAAGCUGGCUGGCUGCAAGGUACGGAGGCUCUCCUAUUGAGACCGGGGGAACUUGGAUACCGGGCCUCGGCAAAGAAAGCCCAGAUCUGCCUACAGCAGGUGACCUAUUUGGGCUGCAGGUUGGAGGGAGGGCAAUGUUGGCUAACGGAAAGUAGGAAACAGGUGGUAGCCUCUAUCCCCCUGCCAACCUCAGCCAGAGGACUCAGAGAGUUCUUGGGAAGCGCAGGCUUCUGUAGAUUGUGGAUACCAGGUUUCACUGAAAUGGCGGCUCCCCUAUACCCUUAUGAAAAUAAUGGGAUGGCAAAAGGAGUUCUUACUCAGACUUUGGGACCCUGGAAAAGGCCAGUGGCUUAUCUCUCAAAAAGACUGGACAAUGUAGCCGCUGGCUGGCCCCCAUGCUUGAGAAUCAUGGCAGUGAUAGCAUCCCUGGUAAAAGACUCAGACAAACUCACCAUGGGUCAGCCCUUGACUGUUAUAACACCACAUGUGGUGGAGUCCAUCAUUAGACAGCCCCCUGACAGAUGACUGUCAAAUGCCAGGGUGACCCAUUACCAGGCACUACUAUUAAAUCAGAAAAGAUUAAGUUUGAUCAAGUUUGGUAGCCCUGCCAUCUUAAACCCCGCCACGCUGCUACCAACCCCCGAGAAAGGCACUGAGAUUCCACAUGACUGUCAGCAAGUACUUGCAGAGACGCAUGGGACUAGGGAAGACCUCACCGACCAGCCCCUACCAGAUGCAGAUGCCACCUGGUAUACGGAUGGGAGCAGCUUUCUGAGAGAUGGUGAGCAUAAGGCGGGGGCGGCGGUCGUUGAUGGAGAGAAGAUAAUCUGGGCCCAAGCCCUGCCGGCCGGAACUCCAGCCCAACGGGCUGAAUUAGAGGCUGUAACCCAGGCCCUAAAAUUAGCAGAGGGCAAAAAGGUCAACAUUUACACUGACAGCCGCUAUGCGUUUGCCACAGCUCACGUACAUGGAGAAAUUUAUCAGAGGUGGGGGCUCCUCACCUUAGCAGGCAAGGACAUUAAAAACAAAGAAACAAUAGUGGCCCUUCUGCAAGCCUUGUACCUGCCUAAAAAGGUCAGCAUCAUCCACUGCCCUGGGCAUCAGUGAGGCCAGGGACCAAUUGCCCAGGGCAACCGAAUGGCAGAUGAAGCCACCCGCCAGGCAGCAGAAAGCGCCCAUGUCCUAUACAGUCAUUCAGACCUAAAGGCUAAAAUUGAGACACAAAAAAGGGAGGUUAAGGCUGAGGAAAAGGAGGGAGAAGCUCUUUUUACCUACACUGAACGAGACCUGAAACUUGUUCGGAAGCUUAAUGCUACCUUGGAUCCUGAAACCAAGAUGUGGAGAUAUCAGAAUCGAACCAUACUGCCCCAGGAGGCAGCACUUGAGCUAAUCUCCCAACUCCACCAGUGGACACAUUUGGGACACAAGAAACUAAAAACACUACUAGAAAGAGAAGAACAAUUCUAUUAUUUCCCGGACCCUAACCAGCUAGUCCAGAAGGUAGUGGAAGAUUGUGUCUCAUGUUCCCUGGUAAAUGCUUCCAGAUCAAAGGUCCCUUCUGGCAUGAAAAAAAGAGGAACAUGACCAGGGACUAACUGGGAGGUAGAUUUUACUGAGGUACUCCCAGGAAAAUAUGGUUAUACAUAUCUCGUAGUGUUUAUAGACACUUUCUCAGGGUGGGUUGAAGCUUUCCCCACCCGGAAGGAAACAGCCCAGACUGUGGUGAAGAAACUGAUUGAAGACAUCUUCCCUCGAUUUGGACUACCUAAGGUAACUGGGUCUGAUAAUGGCCCAGCCUUCGUCUCCCAGGUAAGUCAGGGAAUGGCCAAAGCACUGGGGAUCAAUUAGAAAUUACAUUGUGCUUAUAGACCCCAAAGUUCAGGACAGGUAGAAAGGAUGAAUAGAACCAUUAAAGAGACCUUAACCAAAUUAGCUCUAGAGACUGGCACUAAAAAUUGGGUGCAGCUCCUACCUCUAGCCCUAUUUCGGGCUAGAAAUACUCCUGCUAUACAUGGCCUAACCCCCUAUGAAGUCCUUUUUGGAGGACCGCUUCCUGUCCUCAAUGUAACCUUGUCCCCCUUGCCCUCUUCUUUUGAUAACCCCAGCCUGAAAACAAGACUCCAAGCCCUCCAGAUCAUCCAGAACCAGGUUUGGAGGCCAUUGGCUGCUGUCUACCAGCCUGGAAGUCCAUGAACGCCCCACUCCUACCAAAUUGGAGAUCAGGUGUAUGUGAGAAGACACAACGUAAAGACUCUUGAACCAUGGUGGAAAGGACCCUACAUGGUUCUCCUGACUAUGCCCACGGCCCUCAAAGUAGAUGGGAUUUCAGCCUGGAUUCACGCUUCCCAUGCCAAGAGAGCCCCGGCCCAGGAAGACACUGGAAAAUGGCAUCUACACAAGACAUCCAACCCUCUAAAAAUAAGACUCUCCAGAGAUACCUAA